AUGCUGCCGGUUUGUAAGCGGCGACGGAGCAUCAAUGACGGUCAGCUUGAGGACUGUCAGGCCUCAGGGAUCAAUAGAAUGCAAACUGGGCAUGCACAAACCGGUUACGGAGGCGCACAACCGGGAAACAUCCUCAGUCAGGAACCUCCUGUGGAUAAUAAGCAGCUAAAGGAACAUCUAAGGCUCUGGGAGGAAAGUUUAACGGCGAGAGAGAAGAAAUUGAGCAUAGGACAAGCAGACCUAAGGAUGGAACAAGAGCAUCUAAGGCUAGAACAGGAACAUCUAAUGACAGAACAGGAACAUCUGAGGAUAAAACAGGAACAUCUGAGGAAUAGGGACGCCCAAGAAGAGCUCAAAAGGUGGGCUGCCCGUGAGGGUGAGCAGGACGAGGAGCGAAGGGGUUACUUCAAAAAGCAGAAGCGGGAGAUCAAGGACAUGGCUAGAAGGAUACCACGGCAGUCUGAGAACACCCUAGAAGAGCCUAUAAGACAUGGCCGGGAUAAUGGCUUCAGCGGGUUUGGGGGCGGACCAAGUAUAUCGCAGGUGAAAGUCAAAAAUUCGAUUCGUGGCCAGCCAACCCGACUUGACACGGAGUUGAUACUGAGACAAUACAACUCUAGAAAUAUCGAUUGUAGGACAUAUCGAAUGGCCAUGGACAUGAUUGAAGCGGAGGAGAAACUUGACGAGGCUGCAGCUAUUGCUGCUACUGUCGCCAAAUCCGAAGGGCCCCGCAGAAACGAGAGUCCGACGAGGGAGCUGAUUAGGAAAGAAUAUGAUAGCAUUGAUCCACGGAUUAUGAAAAAUUGGCAAGCCGAGCAACUGAAUUUGGCUGCUGCGAAGGGUGGAGGGGACCAAAGGCCAAUUGUAAAGGCUGGGUUCAACAAGCCGCUUCCUGAUCAGAGUGGUACCUUCGAUCCACUCAACAGAUUAUUGGCGAUACCUUCUCCGAGACAAGCGACCCAGAACAUGGACUUCAACAACAAUAUUAUGGAUUCGAUCGAGCACGAUUCUAACGAGGAUUUGGCGAAGAUCAAGCAGGAGCCGACCGAGGAUUAA